CGCAUGGUCUCGACGCAAAAAGUAAACAAAGCUAGACAGCUCGAAAAACAUACUAUUUUAGAGUUAAAUUUUGGAACAAAAUUUGAAAGGUUUGAAGGCAGUUUUUAGGGAAAUUAAUGGCGAAGCAAAAGAUGACCGAGACAGAGUUGAGGGAGAAAUUCGCCGACCUGAGGCGAAGUGUCAGCGACUACGACGAUUUGAAUUUCUCGGCAAUGCUAGAUCUGGAGGCGAGUGCCAGAAGACUCAACGGCCUGGUCAAAAGACUCAGCCACAAUCUCGCCAAAAGUCAGGGCAAGGAGGAGGAUUUCGUCCUUCGGAAGAGAGUCAGUUCCUCCUUCAUGCAGCACCAAAUCGACGAACUCAACAAAAUGUACAAUACUCUCAUAAAAUUGAAGUCGCAACUAGAGCGGCUUGACACGGCCUUCAGCAACCUUCGACGAGACCUGCUCAAAGGGCUGAGCGCCGACGGUUUCUGCGGCUGCGAAAAGUACCUGAAUUGCUUCAAGCAGGGCAUCAACAAAGCCAGAUUCUUUCUUGGUAAAUUGGAAAUUCUUGUCGGCGACAGUCAUCGAUACGGGAAACAAGUUCCAAUUAGUACGUUUUGGUUCAAAUCAAUAGAGGAUUAUAUCAUAGGUGCCAUGCUUGAAAAAGACUUUCUCUACGUGACCCCCUACAUUCCUCCAGAGCUGUACCCAACUUUGUAAAUAAAAAAGGUAAAAAUAAUGAGAAAAAUAUCAAAAAGCAUUUUCACAUGGGAAUAAUUAUUUUUAUUUUCUA